AAAUAUUGCAAUAUGCUCUUAUCUUUUAUCCAUUAGAUAAUCUUUCAGUUUAUCAAUAAGCAAACAUAAGUAGCAAUUGCUACCAUCCAAGGCAAGGUGUACCCUGCUUCCAUUGACUUAUCAAGCAAAAAAAUAAGAGCAAAAUCAGACACACAAACAUCAUUAACAGUGAGUCUACCUUUGGCAUAAUGCCACGACAAGCUCAGCUUGUUAAAAAUUUGAGACGUUUUCGACUAGUGACAUUUGAUAUCACAGAUACUUUGCUAAAGUUUCGCAAGGCUCCAGGAGUGCAAUAUGCUGAGACGGCGGCGUUGAUGGGUGUAAAAAAUCUUGACCCAGUUCGUUUACAACAUAUAUUUCGUGAUGAAUUCAAAGCUAUGGCAAGGAAGUACCCAAAUUUCGGCAGCAAUUCCAAGGAAAUAACUUGGCAAGAGUGGUGGGUGCAGUUGGUGGACAAUGUAUUUAAACGAAUAGACGAUAAAUUGCCGCAUCCUCAAAUACGUCGCAUUAGUGAAAAACUCUUUGAGCAAUACCGUUCUAAUGAAUGUUAUGUGCACAUUGACGGUAACUUAGAAUUAUUGGAAAAGAUACGCGGCAGUUGCAAAUAUGUUGGUGUCAUCUCCAAUAGUGAUCCAGGAUUGGAACGUGUAUUGAGUGAUAUGAAUAUUAGACAAAACUUUGACUUCGUGUACACCUCAUAUGAUCUAGGUGUUGAAAAGCCCCAUCAAGCUGCAUUUGAAAAACCGCUGGAGCAAUAUAAUGUGUAUCCCCAUGAAGCGUUGCAUAUUGGCAAUCUAUAUGAUAAGGAUUAUAUAGGCGCCAUUAAUGCUGGUUGGAGCAGUUUACUAAUAACACAGUCGCUCACUGAAAUGAAACGAGCGAAACCUACUCAUGUAUAUGCCAGUUUAAAAGAAAUGCAUACUGCACUCGAAACAACCGACAUCCAGUGGUAAACAUAACAGGGAAAGUGUGCCUAAGCUGAAAAUCUUGAGACUGAAGUUAAGUGGAAAAUGUAUGUAUCUAUGUAUAUCAACUUUGGAUUUUGUUGAAAUUGUAAUCUUAUUGUUAAAAACACGAAACAACGUUUUUACAUUUUUUGUUUCAAUGAUAGUA